AUGCCAACAGAAAGCAUCAUAAUAACAGGCGCAUCCUCGGGUCUCGGUCUCGCAUUCAUCCAGCACUACGCCUCCCUCCCAACACCGCCAAGCAUAAUAGCCAUAGACAACCAGCCAUUCUCUCCUCACAUCGCGGAACAAUAUGGAGCCGUCGUUCAUUCCAACCAAAUCGACAUUACCUCAGCCCAAAAGAUCCAAGACCUCGCCUCUACCCUGACGUCUGGCCCAAUAAGUCUCAUCCUCCACUGCGCUGGUAUCAGAGGGCUCGUACCAAGAAUCGUCGCCGAACAGAAACAGGGCGACAAAGAUGUUGCAGCCACCGAGACACUGGAGGCCAUGGAUCACGCAACUAUGAUGCGGACGUUUGAGAUCAACACUUGGGGCACGCUUAACGUUGUUAAAACGUUCUUGUGGAAUCUCCAACUCUCUGCUGAUCAAUCCGCAUCGAAACCUAAAGUUGUCAUCUUAUCCUCCCGGAUGGGCUCCAUAUCUGCGAACACGGCGGGUGGCGGGCGGCGUUGA